AUGGCGUAUACUCCGCGGGCUCACAGACGCCUUGGAACUGACAGAAGCCACACUGAUGCAAAAGGUGAGUUCUCAUGGUCUUGGACAGCUCUGCCCCUGUGUCUUUGCAGGGUACAGCCUCCCUCCUUGCUACUUUCAUUGACUGCUAUUGAAAGUCUGUGACUUUUCCAGGCACACAAUGCAAGCUGUCAGUGGAUCUACCAUUCCGGGCUGGAGACAUUUUCUCCAUUGUCUUGAAGAUUAACAUUUGUGUUACUUAUGCAAAUUUAUGCAGCCAGCUUGAAUUUCUCCUCAGAAAAUGGGAUCUUCUAGCACAUUGUCAAUCUGUGAAUUUUUCAAACUUUCAUGCUCUGCUUCCCUUAUAAAACUGAAUGCCUUUAA